GGACGUCAGUAUUGAAUAUUCAACGAAGAAUCGAGUUCCUUUAGAAAUAUAAUCCAAAUAUCCCAUUUAGUUAUCAAGUGAGUGUGAGGUCUCGAAUCCUUUGCUCAUUUGAUUUCAAAAUAAAGCUUCUUUCCGUUAAUUCUUAGAUUUUGAGAUGGAUUGGCUGUGGAAGAAGAAGAAGAAGAAGCCAAAAUCCGAUGUGGUGUCCGAUAUAGUGUCUGAGAGAGGAGCCAAGGUGUUAACAGAUCUGAUCGAAUUCGGCCAUGGCAUAUCCAAUCCCAUCAAAUUCUUCUCUGCUGAUGAGAUCCUCAAAGCCACCAACAAUUUCAGCGACAUUAAUCGUGUUUCUGGAUUAGCUUAUUACUCCGAUUGGUAUUCAGGUAAGAACGAGAACCAUCCCAUGAUACUCAUCAAGAAAGGUGCUAACUUUUGGAGCUCGAGAGUAGAUCUUAUGUGCCGGGACAUAGCAGUUUCAUCGAUGGUGAGUGGUCACAAAAACUUUUUGAAAUUGGUUGGAUGUUGUCUUGAGUCUGAAGAGCCAGUCAUGGUUUAUAACGGUGUUAAGAAACACUAUCGAUUAGAUAUAGAUGAGCAGACGUGGAAAAGGAGAAUGAAGAUAGCAGAAGAUAUCGCUACUGCUUUUGCUUACCUUCACACUGCCUUCCCAAGGCCCUUCAUAUAUAGGAUUUUGUAUCCUUGGAAUAUCUUAUUGGAUGAAGAUGGGGUUGCGAAGCUGACUGAUUUCUCUCUCUGCGUCUCAAUCCCAGAAGGAGAAACAUUUGUUAAGGUUGACAAAGUCUACAGUUACUUGUAUUUUUAUGACGAUAGCAGUGGCGUAGUCUCAGAGAAAACAGAUGGCUUUGCCUUUGGAAUGUUUAUGGGUCAAACGCUUCUAUUAGGAAAACAAAGAUUGUCGGAGCUUUGUGAUGGAUCUUUGCCGUCAAAAUUAAAGGAAGACCGUCGAAUCGAAGAGAUUGCAGAUCCAAAGAUGCUAGAAAAGAUGGGUAAUAAUAUUUCAGAACAAGAGCUUUGUCAAAUGGAAGCUUUCCGAAUGCUCUCACUGAGAUGCAUCGGUCCUAGGGAAGAAGUUCCAACGAUGGUGGAAGUUGCCAAAGAACUAAAGAAGAUUCAAAGAUCUCUUAAUAACGACUCUUCUUCUCCUUCUGGAGAAACCCAUUUCGACUCUCCCCAAGACAUUUCUUCCUCAGUCGUCCUCUCAAACACACACAGGCAUUGCUAAGUGCAAACAAGUGCCUGCCAGGUAUUUCACGAAAUGUUUCAAUGGGUUAUGUUUUUUUUUUCCAGUAAAAAGUCGAAGAAUGUACUGAAAAUAAGUUCGAUUCAUGUUCGUAUACAUUAUCAAGUUUCAUUUUGUUUACUUUUGCGUAAUUUUUUGUUGUAUUUAUAAAUAAUUGUGAGUUCUUUGUGAGACUUUGGUCUAGCAAUGUGCUAGAAGAGAGAUCUAUGUUUAUCUCUUUGUAAUCGUUUGCGAGUGAGAGUUCACGAUUGUAUCUCUUAUUUCAGAUUGAUUAAUACUUUGGUAAUCGAUCAGAUCUUAGCUAUUUGAAUA